UCUCGCAGCUCCUCGCGGUGGCAGCGGCUGAACUUGUGGGCGUUUCCGCUCGUCACGUUUCCCCCCCCUGCUGCGAGGCUCUUCUCUCCGGCUGUCGACCCGCGACUCUCCCGAUGUUUCUCCCGACUCUGGUGGAGGACAUGCAUCACUUCAAGCCCAGUCGCGACCGGCUGUACACCACCCGGUGCUGCGGCUGCUGCCACGUCCGGACGGGCACCAUCAUCCUGGGGACAUGGUACAUGGUGGUCAACCUGUUGAUGGGAAUCCUGCUCACCGUAGCUGUGACCCACCCGGAGAACGUGCCCACCAUCGACCUGCAGUAUGAGGUCAUCGACCAUUACUUUGCCUCCAACAGGAUGUCUGAGAACGCCUGUGUUGGAUUUGCCAUCUCUCUGCUGAUGCUCACUAUCAGCGCCAUGAUGGUGUACGGAGCCAUUACCCAUCGUGACGGAUGGCUCAUCCCGUUCUUCUGCUACCAGCUGUUUGACUUCGCUCUGAGCUGCCUGGUGGCCGUCAGCUCUCUCACCUACCUGCCCAGGAUCAAGGACUACCUGGACCAGCUGCCGGAGUUCCCGUACAAGGACAACCUCCUCUCUAUGGACUCCAGCUGCCUGCUGCUCUUCGUACUCGUCUUCUUUGCCUUCCUCAUCUUCCUCAAGGCUUACUUGAUCAACUGUGUGUGGAACUGCUACAAGUACAUCAACAACAGGAACAUGCCAGAAAUCGCUGUGUACCCGGCCUUUGAGACCCCCCCUCAGUACAUCCUGCCCACUUACGAGAUGGCCAUGAAGAUGCCCGAGAAGGAACCACCUCCCCCUUACAUGCCCGCUUAAGCACCAGCACCAUUUGUUGCCAAAACACACACACACACACACAUUUGCACACACACUUAUCAUAUGCAUUCCUGCAUUCCCUCACUGACCCUCUCUGAACACCCCUGAUCCCCUCCUCCGACCUGCUGUGUACGUGUACGGCCACUGAAGACGCUUUGUUCCGCUGGGUUUCUGUCUGGAGGCGCGAGAGGAGAAAAGUUGGGAGAGAUUAAGAUUUCUGUGAAUCAAACAAAUGACUGAAUGGAUGAAUGUGAUUAAUUGAAAAGGCGACGGAAGCUACCAGCCCAUUUUCUCUCUCCGGCCUUUUUAAUGUCGUGGUAAAAGGCAUACGUGUGAAAAUGUAACUGCUUGAAAUCCUCCCAUCGAUCCAGCACCAUCGUACCUAUAGAUUCAUUUAUGAAGUGUAAAAAGUAAAACAAUUAUUAUGACAAUCCACUUAUUAGAGCUCUUAUUGUUGAAUUGUGUUACCUUUUCUCCCUGAUUAUUAAUAUCUAGACUAUUCCACCUCGGCCUAUUGACUGGUCUGUAGCUUUUUUGUCAGUUAUUUAUUUAGCUUUGCUGUGGUUCAGUUCACCGCCUGACCCCGCACCCCCGACAUUUUCAUCACCCUGAUGUGUUAGCAAAGCUAGUGAAUAGUUUUCCAGCUGAAUCUCGGGGAGAGAGGGACGGAGACAGCAGGGGCGAUGUCUCCGGGUCGGUGUCCUGCUUCUCUCCCUCGCAACUGGAGCAAACUGCUUGUCUAGUGAACAUUUAGUAGAUGCAUGCUUAUCAAUCACAACCCUACAUUACUUUACUGGUUAUAUGAUUUAAUCCUUGUGAUAAAACAUUUGACUUCAAUAAACAUUUCAGAACA